AUGUAUUCCUUAUGGAAAGAAGUAAGUGAACAAAUAAAAAAAAAAGCAGAGGAUUUGAAUACAACUUUUCAAGAAUUGAAUAUAAAUAAUAUAUCAAAAGAUAAUGGAAAACAAAAAGGUUGUAAAUUAAAUGAGAGAGAAUCAGAUAAAACAAUAAAGGAUAGCAUACAUGACAAAUUAAACUUAAUAAAUAAUAAAUACCUAAAUAAAGAUUUUUGUGAAUUACAAUAUUAUAAUAAUAAAUUUAUAAAUGGUUUUAAUAAUAUAAAAAAAAUAGUUGGUGAUAUAUAUAAAGAUAAGUUAAAUAAUUUAAGUAAUGAUGAUUCAGAUAAGAAGAAAUUAUAUUUAUCGAAAAUUGUACCAUGGAAAAAAGCAGAUAUUAUGAUUUCUAAAAUUUAUAGAAAGAAAUAUGAAGAAGGGUUUCCUAUUAAUUUACCAAAUAAUAAUUUAAAUAAUGAAGUAUAUGAAAAGAUAUUAAAAUUAAAUUUAGACAGAAAUAGAAUUUUGAAUACUAAUAUUUUAGAAAAUUAUAAUUUUAAUUGGAUAAAAAAAAAAGAACAGAGUGAAAAAAUAAUGCAAGAAGAUGAAAAUUUAAUAACUACUAAAAGUUUUUUAGUUCCUUCUUAUAUGUCUGAAAUAGAUUUUUGGAAAUCUUAUUUUUUUAAUAUAGAUAUAAUAUAUAAUGAAAUUGCUGAUGAAAUAUAUGAAAAUAAAAAAAAUAUUUUAAUGAGUUAUGAAUCUGAAUACACAUCAAGUAGAAUAGGAAAUAAAUUAGAGGAUCAAAAAAAUAACCAUUCAAUAAAUGAAAAUACCUUGAAUAAUUUGAAUUGCGAACAUACGAAAAAUAAAUCAGAGGAUAAAAAUGAUUUUAAAAUAGAAGAUAAAUUAAAUAGCUUAAAUGAAGUAAAUUAUACAAAUAAUAUUAAGGAAGAAAAACAUUUUAAUUUUGAAAAUGAAAUCAAUAAACAACAUCCAAAAAUUGAAAAUGAUAUAAAUAAUACUUGUAAAAUAAAUAAUGAAAUUAAUAUAAACAACUUAAACAGUUUAAAUAUAUCAGAUUAUUCACAAAGUAAUUCUCAUUCUAAUAAAAAAAAUUAUAAUAUUGAUAUUAUAACAAAAAAUAAUUUAGAAACGAAUCUAAUGGAAGCAAAAGAAGAUAACAUCAUUUCAGAGAAAUUUAUAUCUACAUCAGUCAAUGAAGAAGAAUAUGUAAAAAAUGCAAAAAUAAAUGGUUUAAAUAUAUAUAUGGAUAAUGAUAUUUAUUUUAAUUUAAGUGAAAAAUCUAAUAAGUUUUCAAAAUUUUUGAAUAAUUCUGAUUACAAUGAUAAAAAAGAAGAUAUUUUAUUUUCUUCUAAUAAAAUAAAAAGUAAUACGUUAAAUGAAAAUUAUAUAAUUUCUGAAAAAAAAUUAAAAGGAAAUACUGAACAAAAUGAUAGUACUUAUAAAAAAGGAAAAGACGAUAAUAACAUUAGUUUAAAUGAGAUGAAAGAUAAAUUAUAUUCACCUUUAGAUAUAUCUGAAUAUAAUUUAAAAUUGUUAGAAGAAAUUAACCAAUCGAACAAAAAAGAAUAUGAAAAUGAUUAUCAAAAUAAUUCGUAUGAAUCUUUUUCUUCUAAUAAUAACAUAAACGAAGAAAAAGGAAAUAUAUAUUCUAAUUUUGAAUGUAAUGAUAAAAAUUCGAACAACCCAAGUGAAAAUAUUACGAAUGAAGAAAAUAACAAUACUUCAAAUUUUGUUAGUUGUAAAAAUGAAAGUAUUCUAAUUGAAAGUGAUCCAAAUAAAAAAACUAAAAAUAAUUAUAAAAAUAGUACAAAAAAUGAAAUAGAAAAUGUACUUACUUCUGAUAAUAAUAAUUCUGUAAAUAUAGGAACGAAAAAAUAUGGAUUUAAUGAAAAGAAAGAAACACAAAAAGAAUAUGAAAAUUGUUAUAUAGAUUCAUAUAAGAACAUGUUGGAUGAUACAUGUAAAGAAAAUAAUAUAUUUCCCAGCAAUAUGGAUUGUAAUAAAAUAUAUAAGGACUUUAAAAAUAGUGAAAACAGUUUGAAAUCUGAUUGUAUUAUUAUAAAAAAUGAUAAAUCUAAUUUUGAAUUAAAAGAAAAUGAGGUUACACAAUCAUAUAAUUUUCUCAAUGAAAUUAACAGUAUAAAUACAAUGAAUAAUAUGAAUGUUAAUAGUGAAAAAGUAAGUAGUGAAAAUAUGAGCAAAGAAAAUUCUUAUUUUGAUAUUUUAAAUAAUUCCACUCACUUCAAAAAUAUUGAAGAAACAAAAGAAAAUAUAAAUUUUAAUGUAGACAAUUUAAUAGAUUUAUCGUCAAAUAAAAUAAAAAAUGACUCUGAUAACUUUUUGAAAUCAAGUGAUAUAAAUAUUGAUGAAAUAAAUUUUGGAGAUGAUUUAGAAUUUGAUUUUUAUUCAAACAAAUUUAAUGCAGAAGAAUUGGAGCAAUUUGAAAAGGAUCUUUUAAAUGCGUGA